CUGCGCUCUCUUCAGUACGACUGCCGGCCAGUGCACAACUUCAACUGCUUUCUUUGACUACAACCUUCAACCACAUCUUAUCCAAAUCCUCCUUCGACAUGGCUAUCCUUUCAGCAGAACAACUGGCAGGUCCAGGCUACAUAAUCCUCAAUGUGAUGCGUGCUAUGAACCUCAUAGUCUUGGGAUCGGUUGUUGCAAGCAGCGUUGUCAUGCUUGUCAAGACGUUCAUCGUAUCCAAGUUCUUCUUCUUCGAUGCUACGAGCCACGUUGUCACUGCUCUAGUAGGAAUGUUCCUCAUGGUCUCCGAAAGCUCGCUCUUCCGAACCUACUUUGCACGGAACUGGCCACUUCUCAGUGCCGGUCAUGGGUUCGUUUCUCUCGGAUGUGCCAUGUCGGUCCUGGGCCUCAACAUGCUCGGAAACAUGAACAAGGAAGCCACCAGCCAAGAGUCACUCGGUCUUCCAUUUUGGCGAUUGCUCGUCGCUUCUGGUAUCCUCGCAAUCGUUAUGGGAUUCUUCAACGUGGUUGCUAGCUAUGUCUUCCGCGAUAGUUCACGACACAUGACUGCUCGCCGCGUUCGCGCUAAAGGUGCCAUUGCCCUGACCGAGACACCUGAAGAUGAUAUCGAGUCAUGCCAGAAGGCCUUCAGCAUCAACACACACCACACAGGAUCCAGUCACUCCCGUGCUGGUACACCGCGUGUCGAUAUGGGGUCUCCUCAGCUCGCAUCGCCCAUGAAGGAGUCACGCUUCUCCAACUUUAAUUUCACAAGUCCCAUCCGAACGCUUCGCAAUGCACGUCAGUCAGUCCUACCAUCGUACCACAGUGCUUCUCCACUCAAGGUCUUUGGUCACAGCCGUCGAUCAUCAUCCACUUACUCGCGUUCAGUGUCCGGCGAGUCCAGGAAACCUGGAAAGUACAACAGAGAUAGUGAAGUCCCAGAGAUGCCACUUAAGAUAUCUGCACCUCUGAACGUCAACCCUCAAUUCGCACAUCUCGUCAAGCCCAACUUGGCACACCACCCCAGUGUUCGACGUGGCGAGAAUACCGACGAUGGACUCAAAGAGUUCAAGUUCUAAGUUCGUCACAACUUUUCUCAGAUGAUGGUCUUGAGUAACUGGUUGGUCAUCGGUCUCUGCGUUCAGAUUUUUCAUUCUUAUGAUACCACUCUCUUUCUUAUUGUGUAAAUCUUGCAUUUUUAACUUCUUAU